AAUCAAAAGCCUCAAUUGAAUCCCUUUUGAUGAGAAGCUCUAUNUUUUUUCCCCUUUCCACUAAUUCCUUAUCUAUCAAAACCCCAAUUCUCAAUUCUUCAUGCCCACACUCUCCCUCUAUCUCUCCCCCAUGGCAGCUUCCCAGUCUCUCCCAUCUUUCCGUCACUCUCUCCGCCGCCGCCGCCUCCACCACCCUAAUGUCUCUUCCACCCCUCUCCCCUCCACCUCUCUUUACCUCAAACCAACCCCCACCGCCGCCACCACUGGCACUGCCACUGCGACUGCUACUGCCAUUGCCACCUCCUCUCUCUCCGCUGCCGCCGCUGGUUCCUUCCCUCUCUCCACUGACACCGCCUCAGCCAUCUCCUUCGACGAGCUCGACCGCCUCCUCACGGCCAAAAACUUCCGUCAAGCCGAUGAGGAGACUCGCCGGCUUCUGAUCGCCCUCGCCGGCGAAGCUGCACAGAAACGAGGCUACGUCUACUUCUCGGAAGUACAAUUCAUUGCCGCCGACGAUCUGAAAGCCAUAGACGACCUCUGGCAGAAAUACAGCGACGGGAAAUUCGGGUACAGCGUACAGAAACGGAUAUUCGAGAAAAUGAACGGAGAUUUCACGAAGCUGUUCAAGAAACUUGGAUGGAUGAAGAAACUGGACACCGAAAUAGAGCAGUACAAUUACAGAGCAUUUCCGACGGAGUUCAUUUGGGAGCUGACGGAGGAGACGCCGGAGGGACAUCUUCCAUUGACAAAUGCCUUGAGAGGGACGCAGUUGAUGAGUAAAAUUCUGAGCCAUCCGGCAUUUGGGGACGCCAUUGAAGGAGAAACUGAAGAAAAAAGGGAAGAAAAAGUUGCAGAGGACGCCAUUGGAGGGUUGAAGAAGGGGUUGAAAUCGAUGAGUGACAGGCUUUUCAAAAGGGAUUACAGCUUUUGAAAUUGGAGAUUUUGGAGCGAACCCAUUGGAAUUGACACAGAAUUCGCAACUGGGUUGCUUCGAUUUGGAAUGAAUUCGGUUGAUUUUGUUCUUCA